AAAAACAUUGCUGGCUACUACAUGAAUUGUGAGUACGGAGCACAUAUAUGAUUUAUCUCCUUAGCUACCAAGCUUCUUCCCUAUAAAUUGGAAUCUACCUUAGCCAAUAUGGCAAUAUCCAUCUCUUCUAAUAAAUAAACCACGAAUUGAAAACAUGAUGACGGCUCUUAACCUUCAUCAUAUCCAAUCUCUUUUCUUCUUCUUGUCCUUUCUUCCCUUAAUAGCCUUUUCAUUAAGACACUUCCCUUCACAGCCAGUAUUGGGCAGCGACGGGAAGGAGCUCAAGCUCGGGAAGCCAUACUACGUCUUCUCCACCCUCUUCCCCAAGGCACACGGGUUAUGCCUCGUGGACAACGCCGACUGCCCCGAUGAUGUCAUCGAGUGCCCCUCCUUCUACACUAACCUCAUCGGCCUGCCCAUCACCAUCUCUCCCCUCAGCCCGAGCGAGGACACCAUCGUCCGAGAAGAUACUCCAUACCACAUCAGCUUCCCCUCUGCCAUUAGCCAAAACUGUAGCGAUGAAAAUCUCUGGUACAUAAAAGAAGACGAGAUCCCAAACAAGGAAUUCGUGGCAAUAGGCCCCGAGAGUCAAGCGGAGGAAUUUAAGAUCCAGAAAGUUUUGGGCGGGUACAAGAUCUCAUACUGUGUGCUGAUUCCGAUUCCGCCCACGCCCGUUUGUUACGGAAUCGGGUUGAUACCGCAAAACGGGUAUAACCGUUUGGGUAUCGGGCUGGGUGUCAAUCUGACCCAGUUUUACUUUACUAAUAAUGUUACACACGUACACAACCAUCACCAGGCUCCAGCCCUUCCCGAAGUGGUCAACAACAAGCUACCCAGUAAUCAUCAAGUUAGCUAGCUAAUUAAGCUACAAUUAAUAACAUAUAAGUAAUAUAUGUACGUUGAUCGAGUUAAUUAUUAUCGAAUUUGUGGCGUGUUUUUUUGAAGUUUGCUUUUUGAUUUUUAAACAUGCGGCAUACAAUAAUAAUUUGUUUAAUUUAUUGUUCACCUUUCGCUUUGUACUAGCGUACAACUAUACGUAAAUUGUAUCAGCUGGUUUUGUUAUAUUUCUUUUGGAUUUGGAUUUUGGAACCUUUAUAAUGUAACGACGUACCAUCAUUCACAUACAGUUAAUUUUAUAAAUUAAAAGAGACGACUUCUUAUAUUGUGGUUUUAUUUAUGUACCAGUGUAAUGAGGUUCAUGUAUGCUAGUUUGACCGGUUCAAUGGAAUUUAGACUAUCGUAUGAUGAAAACCAAUUCGAGCUCUCCUUGUCUAUAAAUAUUUAUACAUGUAUAGAGUAUGAUUUUUUUUGUUAAAAGAUGUACCCGUAGUAUUAUUUCAUCAAACAAUAUCAUUUAUUUGAGGGGAGGCAACUCCCAUGUAAGGUGAAGAGAGUGUUUGCAAUUGCUUCAACUUUAAAAAAGUGAUUUUUUAAAGUGAUUUUGGGAAAAAUGAUUAAUAGUAAAAGUUGGUAGUGUUUGAGAAAAAAGUGAUUCUGGAAAAGUAAAAGUUGAUAGUGUUUGGUAAAAUAAGUAUUUUUUGUGUAAUAGAAAAAGUGAGAAGCAGUUUAAAGCACCCUUCUAACUGCUUCCAGCUUUUAGCUUUUAAGUGAUUAAUUUAAGCAGAAGCGGUCAUUUGAA